AUGGACACUUCUCUUCCAACGUUCGGACGACGAAUUUCGCCUGCUCAAGGUCGAGGUCGUGCUUCUACACUUCCAACGCUGUCAACCCGUUCACGAAUACCAUCACCAUUUAUUGGCGGUGGUGGCGGUAAACCAAAUUUGCAACCUGCGUUAAUGCAGCAACAACAAUUUGAAGCAGCGACAGCACAAGAAGAGGAAGAAGAGGAACUUCAGAUAAAUCCAUCUCCAAACAGGCGUAACAAUUUAAACGCGUAUGGAGUUCCAUCAAGACACUCAUCACGUGGUAACUCUUAUUCUUUACCAGCAAGACAAAAUGUACCUAGCAACUUAAAUGAUAAAAUCAGAGUAUGUGUUCGCAAACGACCACUUAGUAAAAAGGAGCUUGCUAGAAAUGAAAAAGACAUUGCCAUUAUCAAUGGUCAGAGGACUGUUCACAUCAAUGAACCGAAAACUAAAGUAGAUUUGACCAAAUAUGUUGAACAACACACAUUCAUAUUCGAUGAUGUGUUUGAUUCUGAUGCUAACAAUGAAAUGGUCUAUAAACGAACGGCUUUGCCAUUAGUCGAAUAUAUUUUUCAUGGAGGAAAAGCAACGUGUUUUGCAUACGGACAAACAGGGAGUGGCAAAACUUUCACUAUGCUUAAUGAGAAACAUGGUCUUUAUGUCUUGGCUGCCCGAGAUAUUUUUACAUUAUUACAGCGGCCAGAAUUCAAUUAUUUAGCAGCAUACAUAGGAUUUUAUGAGAUUUAUCAAGGACAUCUAUACGAUCUGUUGAAUCAACGAAAGAAAUUAUUCGCGCGAGAAGAUGGCAAGAAAAAUGUUAUAAUUUCAGGAUUACAAGAAUAUGCAAUCGAUAAUGUUGAUAGUCUAAUGCAAGUCUUUGAUUAUGGAAAUACUGUUCGAAGCACUGGUAGCACUGGAGCAAAUGAAGAUUCAUCUCGAUCACAUGCAAUCUUACAAAUAGUAUUGAAACAAAAAAAGAACAGAAAGAAGUUUCAUGGUAAACUCAGUUUCAUCGACUUGGCUGGAAGUGAACGAGGUGCAGAUAGAGGAGACGCUGAUAAGCAAACAAGGCAUGCGAUAUGUGCCGAAAUCAACAAAAGUUUGUUGGCUUUAAAGGAAUGCAUUCGAGCUCUAGAUCAAGACAAAAGACAUACCCCUUUCCGUCAGAGUAAAUUAACACAAGUAUUAAAAGAUUCCUUUGUUGGUAAUUCAAGAACCUGUAUGAUUGCAACAGUAUCACCAAAUAUUUCUAAUAGCGAGCACACUUUAAACACAUUAAGAUAUGCUGAUAGAGUUAAAGAGCUCAAAUCGGAACGAGAUCGUGCUGAACGUGUCGCUGCAGGCCUUGAAUUGGCUGCUAAUGAACUACGUGGAUUAACUGAUGAACAGAGACAAGAAUAUUAUAAAGAGGAUCCUGCAUUUGACGAUGAAGAAGAAUCUGACUUCUUAGAAGAGGAAUUUCCAAGUGAUGGAGAUAAUGAUCUUUUUGGCGAAGAAAUGCCCUCGGAUGGCUUCGUUGAUGAAGAUUUUAUUCAUGAUCAUCGUAGUGCAUCCGCAAAUUCUUUUGAUAAGACUACAGAUAUUUUGUCAAAAUUAAAUGUUAAUGAUACGCCUAACUCUCAUAGAACAACCUCAACUAUUACCUCUCAUGUUAAUUCUCCUUCCUCAUAUGUACCAAGUUCACCGGAUUAUAAUACUUCUCCAAAUUCUGUUCACUUACCAACGGCAUCUGAAAAUUCAUCAUCACAAGGUGGUAUUACUCACGCGGAUAUGGAAGACUUCCUUAAACGUCAUCGUCACGAACUUAGAGAAGUAAGUGAGGCUGGUAAACAAGAAACAAAAUUAUUGGCCAACUUUACUUUAGGCAUGAACUCAAACAAUGAUAUAGGUGCGGAUCAUGAACUUACUGUAGACGCUUUUGAAAAAUAUCUUGAUGAAUUAGAUUCACUAUUGGAAGCUAAGGAGCAAAACAUUUCUGAACUAAGACGCAAGAUCAAUCAACUUUGGCGCCGAUAA